GUGACGCUCAAAUUACGGCGAACCGGUAAUGAAUACCGUGAGGCAGAGAACAGACUGAAUUUAACCGAAUCAAAGUAAACCGGCUUCGGCUUCCCGCCGGGUUGCAGCGGCGGCCGGGAGCGGAGGAGAGGGUGAGGAGGAGGACUGACUGGUGGAGAAGGUCGGCUUCCAUCAGCACCAAGAGUUCAUCCUCUCAGAUGUGGUCCCGCUCCACCGAUGGCUUUCCUCAGGUGACGUCUGGUUGUUAACAGUCACUCCUGACUGUAGCUGAUCCAUCAGAAGACAUCUCUAGGGAACAGGAGAGGUCCAGACAACAAGGACGAGAGGAGCUGCAACAUUAUGGGGGAGAGCUAUAUGUACCAGCGACUCCCCUACGCCAGAGCAGAGGGGGAGGGGGAGGAUGAAGAGGAGAGAAACAGAAGAGUCGGGGGACAAAUGAUGCAGAGUGAAGAGGGCACAGAGUGGCUGCUGGAGCUGCUGACUGAUGUGCAGCUGCAACAGUACUUCCUGCGGAUCCGCGAUGAACUCAACGUCACGCGAUUCUCCCACUUUGACUACGUCAAGAAUGAAGAUCUGGAAAAGAUCGGCAUGGGGCGCCCCGGUCAGAGGCGACUUUGGGAAGCGGUCAAGAGAAGAAGAGCCCUUUACAAACGCAAGUCCUGGAUGAGCAAGGUGUUCCCAGUGAAACGAUCAGACACCGACCCCCCGCAGGGCGCUUCAUCGGUCCCACCUGCAGGCAGCAGCGAGCCUGGUGACUCACUCACCUGCCUCAUCAAGGAGUCGGAGCUCCAGCUGUUCGAGCGGCUCGGAGACGGCACGUUCGGAGUGGUGCGGCGAGGAGAGUGGACUGCCCCUAACGGCAGAGUGCUGUCUGUGGCAGUAAAGUGUCUGAAGGCUGGCGUGCUGGACUCGGAUAGUUUGGAUGAUUUCAUCAGAGAGGUGAACGCCAUGCACUCACUGAGCCACCAGAACCUCAUCAGUCUCUACGGAGUCGUCCUAACGCAGCCCAUGAAGAUGGUGACUGAGCUGGCGCCUCUGGGCUCCCUGUUGGAUCGCCUCAGAAAACGUCAGGGUCACAUCCUCAUCUUGACUCUGUGUAACUACGCCGUGCAGGUGGCGAGUGGAAUGGCUUACCUGGAGCAGAGGAGAUUCCUCCACAGAGACCUGGCCGCUCGCAACGUUCUGCUGUCCACCAAUGAAACUGUGAAGAUUGGAGACUUUGGCCUGAUGAGGGCGCUGCCUACACACACUGAUCAAUACAUCAUGGAGGAAGGCCACAAAAUCCCUUUUCCUUGGUGUGCUCCAGAGUCUCUGAAGUCUCGCACCUUCUCUCAUGCAUCUGACACCUGGAUGUUUGGAGUCACUCUGUGGGAGAUGUUCAGUCACGGACAGGAGCCGUGGCUUGGGCUGAACGGGAGCCAGAUCCUCCACAAGGUUGACGUUGAGGCUGAGAGGCUGUGUAAGCCUGACGACUGUCCUCAAGACAUCUACAACGUCAUGCUGCAGUGUUGGAGCCCCAAACCUGAGGACAGGCCCACCUUCAUCGCUCUCGGAGACUUUCUGCUCGAGACGAUGCCUACAGACAUGAGGGCCCUGCAGGACUUUGAGGAAGAAGACAAACUCCAAAUUCAAAUGAACGACGUCAUUACGAUCAUUGAGGGAAGGGCAGAGCAUUACUGGUGGCGCGGGCAGAACAGACGGACGCUCCGCGUCGGUCAGUUUCCUCGCCACGUCGUGACGUCGGUGGCCGGCCUGUCCGCCCAGGACAUCAGCCGGCCGCUCAAACACUCCUUCAUCCACACCGGACACGGAGACACGGACCCUCACAGGAGCUGGGGACACGCAGACCGCAUAGACAGUCUGUAUUUGGGGAACCCAAUGGACCCUCCAGAUAUCUUGGGGUUUGAUUCCGGAACUGCAAGACCGACCAAACUGCCCAACCGUUCAAAGAAGAAGCCCCCUCCUCGUCCACCAAAGCCGGCUGUUCUGCUCAAAAAGCCGCUGUACGACUCCGUGAUGGACGAUUGCGAUGACGAUGACGACUUCAGCACAUCGUCUGGGCUGAAGAAGCUGGGAGCGUCUCUCGGUCUGAAGCUCCGGCCGUGGGAGGGGGCUGGCGGCGUGCGAUCAGCCAAGAGCGAAGUGUCGCUCAUCGACUUCACGGACGACAGCUUUAGCUCGACCACGCCCUCCCCGCUCACAGAGACGCAUCAACCCGAUGAAGACACUCUGAAGGACACCCCCUCCAUCCUGGACUGGCCUCUACCCCAGCCAGCCUAUGAUGAGGUCACUGCAGACUUUGACAACCAAUCAGAGGACCAGGAGGUGCGCUCCAUCAAUAAGGGGCCGACUGAGGAAGCCUCGGGCCCUCUUGUGUCCAGCAUGACAGGAAGGAGUGAGUCCCAGUCUGCUGACCUCUUCCAGGAGCUACAGAGAGAGGUGAUGGUCAAGCUUCAGGUUCCCAUGGCAACAGGGCGCUCCCUCCCAUCCUCCCCUACCCCCAUGCCCCUGGCUCCGUUUGGUGCCCACAGGCAGAUCUAUCUGCCCCCUCCCUCCCCCUCCUCCUCCUCUACCUCCGUCACCUCCUGCUAUGAGGACCGGCCCGUGUUGCCCCCUCGCAGCCCCGUCCCCCCCUUACGUCCCUCCAAACACAGCUAUACCACCCGCUCUGCCCAGCAGGGGGCCCGCUCCAGCUCCAUUUCGCUGGGAGAUGAGGACAACGCACCUCCUCAGAUCCCACCUAGAGACCACGCUUUUUCUCAGCCGGGCUCCCGCUCCUCCUCUCCUCUCCCGCUGGCGCCAGCUCUGUCCUCCACGCUCGUGGCAUUGCCCCCACCUCCUCUCUCGGCCUCUCCACGCCGGGCGGCAGGACUCCUCGGCCCCCUCCUGUCCACCAGCUCCCAGUCCUCCUCCUCCCCACAUCAAGCAGCAUUACAUGCAUCGAGGCUUGCAGCCUCGUCUUACUCCUCCACCUCCUUACUGGAGCCCCUCACCUUUCCAGAUGGGCGCAGCCUCUCCUCCCUGAUAGAGAGCCCCCAGAACUCUGCUCCCGUGCCUCUGCCAGAGAGACCAGCUUUCCUCGAGAGAUACGGGGCGGCCAACAUGGCGGCAGUCAAACCCAUGAUGCAGCAACCGGGUGAACCAAAACCAAACUCCUCCUACAACAACAACAACGGCAGGACCGUAGUUCCCAGCAUGCAACAGGAACACAGCAUCAAACAGGUCCAAGGAGUCGUGCAUGGCGUUACGAUGGAGGAGUGUAAAACUGCUCUGCAGAGUCAUAACUGGAGCGUCCCUCAGGCUGUUCAUUAUUUAAAGGUGGAGCAGCUGUUUCGUCUGGGGCUGAGAUCCAGAGCUGAGUGUGAGGAGCUGCUGCAGCGCCACCAGUGGAACCUGGAGCAGGCUAGCACCGUCAUGUUGGAGACCUACGGGCCGCAUCGCAACAGGAAGACAAACUGAGGGACCGAUCAGCCGCUGACGAGGUCCGGAUCUGGUGAUGCCGAGGCGCCUGAAUGACUCGCUGCUCCUGAAGAUAAAGAGCAGCGCUCUGCUAAAGUUUUCACGCCCCUUAAACUGUCCCACAUUUGAGCAUGUUGCAACCUUGACCCCACCCAGGUGGACUCCUGGGUAACUUCUGAAGGAAUUUGGUUUCACUGGACGUUAUUUAUUUAGGUGUACAGUGCCAGCAGAAAGUAUUCACGUCCCUUCACCUUUUCCACAUUUUGCUAUUUUAUAUUUUUAUUUUGUAAUAGCUUAUUUUUUCUCAAAGAUUUACACACAAGACACAUACAGUGUAAGUAUUCACACCCAUACUUUAUUGAUUCAAUCUAAUCUUUUUGGGACCAGUCUCAGCUUCCAGUCUGCUCUGGGAUGUGUUUAAGCUUUGUUGGGGUAUUUUCUACCAUCUUUCUCUGCAGAUCGCCUCAAACUCAGGUUGAAUGUGCAGCAUCAGUAGACAGCCAUCUUUAAAUCUUUUCAGAAUACAUGCACACACUGAAGCCACUUUGUUCUCUUGGCUUUGGGCUUCAGUUCUUUGUCGUGUUGAAGAUGAAUCUCUGCCAUUAGUUUGAGGUCCAGAGGAUUCUGGAGCAGGUUUUCUUUUACAAUCUCUCUUCAUUUGGCUGCUUCAUCUAACUUCUUUGCAGACUAGUUCCCCAGUUCGUGCUGCAGGAAAACAUCUGUAUGCCAUGAUCCUACCACCACCGUGUCUCACUGUAGGGAUGGUGUUUUUCUCCAGAGGUGAUGCAUGGAGCUCAGACCAGAAAGUCCUAUUUUGGUUUCUCCUUGUCUGGCAAUGAGGAGUCAGUUAACAUUUCCACACUAGAACACUGGAGCUGACCAUUAACUUCUCAGUCUUUGAUGAAGAAUCUUCUUCCCUUUUUUCUCUGUUUGGUUGGACACCCAGAUCAAGAAAGGCUGGUGGUUCUCCUUCCUUACAGUUGUGCUUUGACCCAAUCGGGUCUCAGAGGUUUACAGGCGAUUCCCUGUGACUUCAUUGCCCGGGUUCUGCUGUAAAAUGCUGCAUCAGCUGUGAGCCGUUUUGUAGAGAAGUCCCAAAUCAUGAAACAAAUUUACCACAGAUGGACUUUUACCAAGUUGUAAAAGCAUCUGAAGGAGGAUCAACGGAAAUCCGAUGCACGGCAGCUCAAUAUUCGAUGUCAUAGCAACAUGUGCGAAGGCUUGUGUAACUGUUAUGUUUCAGUUAGCUGCCUGAUUGUAGAGAAUAUUGGCAUGGUAACAGUAUGGUUAAAAGCUGCGACUACAGUUUUAAUCCACAUUUUCAGCGCUCUCUGUGUCCUUCAGCAUCUUGGACCCUGUGACCUACAGUAGGUUAGGCAUCUACAGCGGGCAGACUCCGUCCAGCAGGCUCAGUGUCGUAUUAGGAGGCAACAUGGGAACUCAUGACACUUUGAAUAUAUUAACCAACAAAUAUUCCGAUUCAAACAAUCCUUUGCAGUAUUAAUAUUGCAUACACCAAUUUGUCAUGAUGAUAUAUUGAUGAUUUAUCAUGCAGCCCUGAUUUAAAUGUUUACAUUUUGUAAAAAUGUACAAAAAUGUCUGAAAACAUGUCUUUACUUUAUCAUUAUGUUAUUUUUUUUUUUAGAAAAAGCCUGUAACUAAAACUGCAGUGAAGUGAAGGGGUGUGAAUACUUUCGGGUGGCACAAAUACUGCGCUCUUCCCCCCAUCAGCACAUGGUGUUGGCUGCAUCAUGCUGUGGGAAUGCUGUUCUUAAACCCAACAGAGGCAAGACUUGAAGAGUUUCACAGCCGCUCUUCAUCCAACCAGACUGAGCCUGAGUUCAGAGUGCAGAGCUGGUGCAGAAAUACCCUCAUGGAGCCCGCGUCAUUUUCCUUCCUAAUCACACCGAAACACGUUGAGUCUGCAGCGUGACAAAACGUGGAGAGGUUGAAUAGCUACGGCGAAGGCAGUGCAAGGCUGUAUGCAUCUCAGCUGUUGUGUGAUAACUUAGCAAUGUCUUACGCACGCAUGCUUAUUAUCAGCUGAGCUGCUCGCUGGGAGAACAGCUUUGGUCUCUGUUUGCAGGGUCUGCGUGUGAGCAGACUGUAACUGGGAUUUAGUUGUGAACGUGUUUGCCUUCUCGUCAUUAGUGAAGCUGUGUAAAUCCUGAGGUGAUUUAUAUAUGUUUAAAUGUACAGAUAAUGUUGUAUAUAGCUUGGUAUCGUGUGAGCUGCUGGUCAGGCUGAUAUGACUUUUAGGGUUCAUUUGUUUCUUGAAGGCUUCCUGGUGGAGGUUUCUUCAGCUGAACCUUUAUUCAUCAUGUCAGACUUUUACCAGCAAGCCGCCUCCUAUUGUGAUCUACUGGCACAUUACAGCCGCCUACUAAUUAUUGGCUCAUAGAAAAGAUCCUCGUCAGGUCCAUUAGCGAUGAAAAGCUCCACAGGUUUCCUUUAAGGAAGGUGUUUUUAAUCAGAAAGACUGUUUUUCUUCUUCUCAAAUGGAUGACUACAGGGUAUUAUUUAUUGUUAUGAAGAUGAAGAGCUUUCAGUUAAUUAGGUUAGCUGCUGCUGAUGCCUGUGAGUGUUAAGCUAACAGCAGCUGUACAGCAAAGCAUAUCAAUACCAAACUGUCUGUUGUCAGUCUCAAGGUCUUUCAUUAGUUUUACAUUAAUGUUUCAGAAGCUGCUGCGGAGAUCGUUUCCCGUUAGGUUUAGCUGGAGGCUCUUGUGCUCAAGCGGUUUUAUUGGAUGCUGAUUGAGAGAAGCUUAAAAAACUGCAAAUGCAAGCAAAGCUGUUAAUGUUUUUCUUCAUUUUAAAAAUUAAAAAUCUCGUGACAAAAACA